UAACAUUUUUUGUCCCUCCAGGCCUUGCUGGUGACGCUGGAGGACAUCACGGUCUACUUCUCCCCAGAGGAAUGGGAGGAACUGGAGGAAAUGCAAGCAGGAGCUCCACCGGGACGUCAUGCAGGAGAACUUCCGGUUGGUCGCCUCUUUAGCCUGCUGUGAUAUCAGUUUAAAAGAGGAAGAGGAGGAAGACGCUGGUAGCCAUGGCAGUGAGGAAGGCCCCGGAGGCUUAUUCCUGGAGAGGGUCCUCUUCCAGGGCUGGAAGGCUGAUGAAGAGAGCUUUUGUCUGCUGCCAAGAAGACCCAAUGGAGCCCUGGCAGGGCAAGAGGAGGGUUGGGCAAAGAUGGCACAGCCACAGGGAGCAUUCGGCCCAGGGCCUGAGGCAGAAUCCUGCCCCCUUGCAUGUGUGGACUGUGGGAAGUGUUUCAAGAGCAAAGCCACUCUUCUGGCGCAUCAGCGGGUCCACACGGGGGAGCGGCCUUUCACCUGCAGUGAAUGCGGGCGGUGUUUCACCCAGCGUCAACACCUGGGCACACAUUUACGGGUACAUGGUGGGGAGCGCCCCUUUGUGUGUGGGGAAUGUGGCAGCGCCUUCCGCCUCCAGAAGCUGCUCCUGACACACCAGCGCAAGGCCCACUCAGGGGAGCUGCCCCUGGCGUGCCCUGACUGUGGGAAGCUCUUCAACCACAAGCACCACUUGAUGACCCACCGGCGGGUGCACACGGGCGAGCGCCCCUUCCCCUGCCCUGUCUGCGGCAAGUGCUUCACGCAGAAGCACCAUCUCCAGACCCAUCAGCGGGGCCACUCUGGGGACCGGCCCUUCCCCUGCCCCGAGUGCGGGAAGACCUUCAAGGACCGCGCUGGCGUGUUGAUGCACCAGAUUGUGCACACGAGGGCCAAACCCUUCGCUUGCCAGAGCUGCGCCAAGAUCUUCAGCCACAAGCACCACCUGGUGAUCCACCAGCGUGUCCACACGGGCGAGAAGCCCUUCUCCUGCUCUGUGUGCCAGAAGCGCUUCACCCAGAAGCACCACCUGCUGAGCCAUGAGCGCAUCCACACGGGAGAGCGCCCCUACCAUUGCCCAGAGUGUCCCCGGAGCUUCAAGGAUAGGAUCACCCUCAAGCUUCAUAUUCGCCUCCAUACAGGGGAGAAGCCCUUCGCUUGCGCCCAGUGCGGGGAGCGGUUCCGCCUGCGCAAGGCCCUUCUAUCCCACCACCGGAUGCAUGAGGCCCCCACUGAGUUCAUUUGCAGCGAGUGCGGGGAGAGCUUUCCACGCAUGCGCAGCUUGGCUGCCCACAGGCGACGCAUUCACCCCUCUGCGCCCAAGGAAUUGAGGCCAGUUGGGAAAACACGGAUGUUGGAGGCCAACCCUAAGAAGGCCCCACCUGCGCAGCAUGAAAAGGGAGUGGCAAGAAGGCAGGAGGAACUGCACCGGGAUCCGCCGGAUGAGGGAGGUGUAUCACUUUCUGCCAGCUUCCAGGAUUUACAGGUUGCAACGUUGUCAACUUUGUGAAAAGGACAGAGCUGAAACUAACCUGGCUGUCUUCCUGUGUUUCUGCACAACUCCUGUGUUUUUCUUCAGCCUUGGGGUUUUGGAGGCUUCGAAGCCUAUCAGUCACCUCCGCUGCGGCAGUCGUGUGUGUUUUCCAUAGAAUCUGAAGACUUCUCAUUUUCCAGCUUCUGGAUUUUACUUAACUGGGGUGCAAAGUAUAUUAGCAUAAUGAGUUAUUGAAAAACUAAUCAGACUGACUAAGAGCCUUAGCACAUUAUUAAACAAACUUGGCAGGCAAACGAAAAGGCAGGUGGGUUUUUUUCUCCCUCCGAAUGUUGUUGUUCUUUUUUGUUCUCUUCUGGGUGUAAAACCAUGGGAGAGGGUCGUAAAAGUGUUGUAAAAGCACCCCAUUUGCCCAGUUGAAGUAAUCCAUUUGGGAAAAAUGAUUCUCUUACAACUCUCUCACGUCUUUUCAUUUGCCUGCUGGGUUUGUUUAAUGAUGUGAUAAGGCUCGAGAACUGAGGCCCUAUCAUAGAUUACAAGGGGGUUUGGGUGCCCAGUUGACAGCAUAGCAUCCUGGACUUGGUCCUCUUUGGGGAUACUAUACUUUCCAAGUGGGAUGGAGGCCAGUUGUGUGCUGUACCUUUGUGUGUCACAAGUAAGAAGUAAACCAGACAUGUCUCCACUUUCUCUUACUAGGAGUAAGAGGGCUGUUGCGUCACAGGGGUCAGGUCACAACAGGAAAUGGACCCAGCCUCCAAAGAGAUGCUCAGAGCCCCUGAGCAUCUCUUGUUCCCCUCACAUCUCUUCUUCCUUGU